CAUUUUCAAUUGAUCAUAGUGUCGUCAUCUUACAACUACUAGCUCGACUUUAAACAUACGUACUAUUUCUCUUUAUAUUCAGUAGAAUUGUGACUUUUGUAAAUUUAUCUGAUUGUUAUGACGAGAGGUUAUGAUAGAUAAGAAUACAUAACAGAUUCUAUCAAGAAUUUUUUUUUACACGGGAAUACCCCACUAAGGAAAAAGUAUGAAAAUGUCUUGGUUUUUUGGUAAAAAGAAACAUCAAAAGGAAUCACCGGUUGAGUCAACAGAGGAUCUCACGUCCUCCACCAUAGAAAAUGAAUUUGAAAAUAUUGAAAAAACACCAUAUCCUAUGCCUCCAAAUGCUCAGGAUGGAACACCUUAUCCUAGUGGUGGUCUAUAUCCGUUAAUUGGUGGUGUUUCAACUUAUCCUACGCUGCCUACAGAUUCGACUACAAAUAAUCAACAAGGGGAUAUGCAACAUUAUUUAAGUGGAGUACCAUUUAAAUUAUGUAAACAAUUGGAAAGUAGUACGGAUAAUGAUUUUGAGAUUGAUAGGUUGCGUGCUAAUGAAAUUUUAUCUUUUAUUCAACGAAUAGAGGAGCAAAAUUUAGAUUAUGAUUUUUCACAUGAGAAGAGUGUCAUUUCAGAAAUGAAUAGCACUACAGAUGAGUAGUUUAUAAAUGUUAUCCAAAUAUUACAUUCACAGUUAAAAAGUAAUUUUGUUCUCAUGUAUGUCUUGAUGUAUAAGAUAGCGUAAUGUAUUUUAUUUCUUAUGCACACAUACGUUAUACUCUUUGAAUUCUAGUAUUUAAAUAUUAUUUUUUAAAAUACACUUUAACUUGAAAGUAUUUGCUUUAUAAUAAUUAGAUUUUAUUAUCUUUCUUUUUGUUCUUCUUUUAUUUUCUUUCUUUUUUUAUAUUUAUUGCAUCCGUGUAACAUGAAUGAAAUAUUUUUUUGUGAAUUUAGAUAUAAUCCAUAGUUCCAAGCGUAUGGCUCUAUUAAAUAUAAUUAAAAUAUUUUUUAACAAUGAUAAUAUAUAUUUUAAGAAAUAUUUAUGAAAGACCAUUCGCAUACUAAUUAUGUGUUUUUAAGUAUAUUUAUAUUGUCACGCUUGCAAUAUGUAAUACAUAUAUUUCCUCAUAUGCUCAGGAACAAACUUGUAAGUGAAUACAUAACACAAAUAGAGCACAAGGAUAUAUUCUUGAUUUUAUUCUUAUUAGUUGUAUAAAUGGCAAGUGUGUCAAUGUAAAUAUUGUUUAAAAAUCGUAUAUUUAUCAUUGUUGAUAAUGAUUAAAUGCCAUUAAUUAAUGUAAUCAAAUACAUGUAAAAAAAUUUUAAAAUAUUUUAAAAUAAACUAUUAGCUUAUUGCAAA